AAUAAUUGGUGUUACUUAUAAGUCCCACCACAAGUCUUAUGUGCAAGUGUCUCUCUCUAGUCUUGACAUGGCCUCCUCCGCUCACAACGAACACCACCUCCCUAACCCGUACGGCACCAUCACAGCUCCGCCGCCAACGCCGUCGAUCCAACCCAACCCUCUCUCCUCAUCGGACGCCGCCGCUGCGGACGUUCUCUCCCGACUCCUUCAUCGCCUCCCACCCAAUCUCUCCCUCCCUACUCGCCGCUCACCACCACCCACCACCUCUCCUCCCCUCAUCUCUUUCUCCGACCCAAACCCAACUCUCCUAACCAACCUUCUCUCUGCUUCUUCUCAACUCGGUUUCUUCCAACUCACCCACCACUCAAUACCCUCCCAACUCGCUCACUCAGCCGAGUCCGAUUCACUCUCUCUUUUCAACCUCCCUCACGAUCAGAAACAGCUGUUUUUCCCCAAAAACUGGCCCCACGGCUAUGACGGCGAUGACGACGAAGAUAACGGUGGAACGGGUGACUCGUUCUGUUUCGACUCGUCUUGUUCUACUGAGUCAACCGAGUUGUCUUUAGCUUCUCUGGGAGAGUUCGCACGUGAAAUGGAGAGAGUGGGAUUGGAGGUCAUCGGAGCGCUAUCCUGCGCAGUGGGUUUUGAGAACCCGGUCCGGGAGGACCUCAGUCGGGUCUGUUCGUUGAUGUGGGUAUCCGAGGGCACAACCGGUAAUAAACCGGCUAUGUCGGGUAAGUUUUACCCGUUUAUAGUCGGUUUACAGUAUCAGAUCAGGUGCCAGAAAUAUUCUUUGUUGUCGGACUCGGGUUGGGUUUCUGUGUCGCCCCAGGUCGACUCGGUCUUGGUCACACUUGGUGACAUUGCUCAGGUUUGGAGCAAUGGGAAAUUAAAGAAAGUAAGAGGAAGGCCAGUGCCAAGCUUGAAAGAUGGCAACGACACACGGUGCAUAUCAAUGUCACUGCUGCUCACUCUUCCUAUAGACAGCACCGUCUCCACCAUCAUUCCAGGGCUAGUUGCCGGUGGCGGCGAAGAAGAUGAAAUCAAUAGAGAUGAUGGUGGUCGUGUGGAUAUUAUUGGAGAAGUUAGAGUCUUCAACUCAUUUCCUUUCGAGGACUAUGCUUGGAGAGUCUACCAUGAAAGGCUUCUUCUCAAGGACCCGCUCGACAGACACCGUGUCUAAGUUUUGCUGCUUUUGAUUUGUAGUUUGUUUCUGAUGUGUUGCUGUUUUCCUUUUGCUUAGUGACACAAAGAUCUCUCUUGUAUUUUUGCUUGAAAUCCCUCAUUUAUGAUUGGGAGCCAAAUUUUAGUUGUGUAUGAUUGUAAUUGAGUUUGACAAUUUGGUAUUGUAAAAGUUUAAAAUGAGAGAAAUGUUGUAACUUAUUCAUGUUAA